AUGAUUGCCCAUCAUUCCAACUACAGCCACUUCGGAACAAAUCGGGUGGACCAGCUCAUUACCGAUGCCCCAGUCACUGUCAUUGAAUUGGUUGACAGCGAAUCCCGUGGGUGUGAUCUUUCACAAGUGUUUGAAGUAUCACGAGUUGCGACGAACGUUACCUUAGAAUUCUUGUCGUAUGCCUGGUGCACAUGUGGAGAUAUGGAAGUUGUCGCAUGCAACACAACCAUUGAUAUUGAUCGCAAUGCGCACAGAGGUGUCCCAGGAGGAGUUCGCAAUGGCAUUUUCUGGAAAAGGAGGAAUGUUACCCUCAGUUAUGAACCCACAGGCCAGUCCGAUCGAAUCCAAAGGAUUACGCUCCACUUCCCUCCAAGAUGUUACUCGUCUUCAGGGACCCUUGAAGUGACGUUUGUCUUUCGAAAUCUGGGUGGAAUCGAUAACCACAUUGGUGGUAUUGACAACUUGACCCUCUCAGCUAACAUUUGUGAGCCAAAACAGGAUUCUGCAUUGCCAACAGCUUCAUUGCCUGUUGCGCCAACAACCACGGAAAGACCUACCAACGCUUGCAUUGAUUCAGAGGGCGGAGCUCGCAUCGAAUGUCAUGGAAUCGUGACUCUUGAUGAUUUUGUUGUUGGAAGCAUGUGUCUGAAGAUUGCAGAAAACUGCACGGCCCUUCAAGUCACUUUUGAGGCCUUUGGAGACUGGCGAUUUCAUCAACACCACCUUUGGGUUGGGACAGAUCAGAGUGAGUGUCCAAAAACAUUGUUUGGGGAUCCAGACAUCGUUAUCUUCCCAUACUUCUGGAAUAAUCCGGAUGGGGAGGCCAAAGUGGUUGAGUUGGUGUCAAUUUGGUGCAGCAACCUUCAAGGCCAAUCCUAUUACCAGCAAGGCAUCGUUCAACUUCUUUUGUUCAAGAUCGAUAAAAACGGAUCACCUAUUGCAGGGUCAAAUUCUACUGCAUUUGUUGCAGAGCAUUCAAACUCAACAAAUGACAGCAAUGGGUGGUAUGGAUGGUUUGACUUCCACGUAAACUGUGAUUGCAUGGCCUCAACCAGUCCAACAACAAGUCUCAGUGACUUUCCCAGCUUUAGCCCCACAGAUUCUGUGAUGCCAAGCUAUGCUCCCAGCAUUGAGGAUACUUCUUCCCCCCCAAGCCUGGUCCCCUCUCCUGUGCCAUCUCCAAUACCAUCUGCAAUGGAAUCACCGAAGCUGAGAGACGCAUGCAUUGAUGUCAAUGACGCUAGUCAGAGACAAUGCCAUGGAAUCUUGGCAAAUAAUGGCAGAUUGGUGGGAAGUCUCUGUCUUGAAGUGGCAGAUAACAAAAGAGUAGUUGAAACCAAAGUGAUCACAGUUGGGAAGUGGCGAAUCUUUGCUGAGCACUUGUGGGUUGGCAGCAGCAUAGAAAGUGUGCCUCAGGCAAGAAAUGGAACCCUAGAUACAGAGGCAUUCCCAUUUCUGUGGAGUGAUUCUGUUGGAAUGUCUGAAGUUUCUCUUCAUGUCCCAUUGAAGUGUGAUGAGGAUCCCUAUGCUACUUACACUGAAGAAGGAAUUGCUCAUUUUCUCACAAAGCAACUUGAUGGAACUGGAGCAAUGGUGGGGGGAAAUGACAUGCUAGUUGCCUUUGCAGAGGAGUACUCUUCCGUUGCUGUUACCGAUGGCUAUGGUUGGUUUGACUACACUGUUAAGUGUGAUUGCAGCACACCAAAGCCGGACAUCCCAAGUGAGUUUCCAAGUGCUCUCCCCAGCUCAGAGACUACCACAAUACCAAGCAAGAUUCCCUCAACUUCCAGCCCUAGUUACGAAUGUGUGCUGGAUGUUGGACUUGGCAGUCAAGCUGUUACAGUUGAUGCACCUGAUAGUGACUUGUCACUGCAGUACGCACCAAAGUUCUCGCAUUUCCUGGGUAUGCUAGGGUCUGGAAGCAACAACAUGGGAGUAUCCAUUGCCAUCCCUCAUAGCACUGGAUCAGGUGAAAUGAAGGUGGACUUGCUUAGCAUUGACUUCAAUCUGUACCAAAUUGAUGAAUGGAAUCCUGAAGACAAGGUUUUCUUGAAGAUUGGUGACAUUGAAAUUGACCUUGGGGAGAUGGAUGCAACCAGUGUCAGUGAACCCCUUGGUGGUUAUGAGGGUGGCAUCACUUGGCACCGUGACACCAUCACACAGUGUGUCAAUUUGAACUUUGGAGACCAAAUGGACAAGAAGCAUGCUGUGGAGCUUACUAUCCCCUCAAGCUUGUUCCCAGAUGACAAGUUGGACAUUGGUUUCCAUGUGGAGACCAGCCUGGACAUUGGUUCAGAGAGCGCAGUCGUUGAUGAACUUCGUGUCACUGCUCACUUUGACUGUGAAACCCCAGGUCCUGUAUCAACCUUGGCCCCUUCUAGUCUAAGCCCAACUACACAGGCUCCCAGUGGUAUCCCCACAACUGUUGGCCCCACAACUCUGGUGCCAACAAUGCUGCCAAGAUGUGCACCCACAGCGGCUCCUACAUCCAGUGAACCAACCUCUGAAGCACCCUCUACACUCCGUCCAACUUCUAGUCCUUCAGGCAGCCCUUCAGUUUCACCAUCAAGAUUUCCUUCAUCCUUCCCAACAGUCACCCCAACUGCAAUGCCAACAACAUCCCCAACUGGCUCCCCAACCAAAACUCCCACAGUAUUGCCUAGUAUGGCUCCCACUAGUUCAGUGCCAAGCAAAUUUCCCAGCAAGACCCCAUCUAUAUUGCCUAGUAGUGCUCCCAGCAAUAAACCAAGUGCAGCUCCAACGGAGAGCCCCACUGUAGAGCCAACCGCAAGACCAAGUUCCAUACCUUCAGUACUGCCAACUUCCACCCCAAGUGGCCACAGCGCCCCACCAACUUAUGCUGUUUCUCCAAGCCUUUCGCCCAGCGCUAAGCCAAGCCCCUUGCCGAGUUUUCAGCCAAGUGCCUCUCCCAGCAACCCUCCAAGUACCAUGCCAAGCAUACACCCAAGUACUCAUCCAUCUUUGACUCCAAGUAAGGACCCCAGUGCCCCACCCAGUCCAGUGCCUAGUGGGGGUCCCAGUUAUGAACCUAGUGCAGCACCAAGUUUGAGUACAGGCCCAAGUGAAACUCCAAGCAUUCUCCCCAGUUACACAACUCCCACUGGUGUCCCCAGUUCUGGUCCCAGUCCUCCACCCACUCAAUUUCCAACUGACAUUCCCACCACUUUGCCAAGCAAGCAUCCCAGCUUGUCGCCAAGCAGAAGCCCCAGUGUGCACCCAAGUCCCAAUCCAAGUGACCAGCAAACUCAAGUUCCCAGUAGUGCCCCAAGCAUUCCUCCAAGUAUUGUUCCCACUAUCUCUCCUACCAACACCCCCAGUACCUACCCAAGUUCUGCCCCCAUCAUAUCUCCAACUGCUACACCCAGUAGGUUUCCCAGCAGUGCCCCAAGUGGAGUGCCAAGCAGCUCCCCAAGUCUUGUCCCAAGUAGAUCUCCCUCCAGCACCCCCAGUGCAAACCCAAGUCACACGCCCAGUGUAUCUCCCACAACUUCGCCUAGUGGUGUGCCCAGUGUAACCCCUAGUGGAAUGCCAAGCAGCCCCCCUAGUCUUGUCCCCAGUAUAUCACCAACCAAAACCCCCAGUUCAAGUCCUAGCCUUGUCCCCAGUGCACAACCGAGUAUCACACCCAGCAGUGCACCUAGCGGAGAUCCAAGUGCUAUCCCCAGCAAUGAUCCCAGUCGUGCCCCCAGUGGAGUCCCAAGCAACCCCCCAAGUCUCAACCCCAGUGGAUCUCGAAGCAAUAUCCCCAGUGUGGCUCCAAGCACUACCCCCAGUGUGUCUCCAAGCACUACCCCCAGUGUGUCUCCAAGCAAUACCCCCAGUGUGUCCCCAAGCAGAACCCCCAGCACAGCUCCAACCACUACCCCCAGUGUGUCUCCAAGCAAUACCCCUAGUGUGUCUCCAAGCAGAACCCCCAGCACAGCUCCCAGUAAUACCCCAUCUUUCAGUCCAAGCAUUUCUACAAGUGUCUUCCCAAGUAAGGCACCCACAUCAUUCCCCACCUUUCUGCCCUCAGCUUUACCGUCCCCAGUUCCUACUGAAAUGUCAGAGGUUCCAACGACGGGCAGCGAAAUGCCCAGCACAUUGCCCAUGGAAGUCCCUACUCCUUCUCACAAAAUAUGUCUUCAAUCAGAGAAUGGAAGUGGAAGGGUUUGUCAUGGUCUGCUGACAGAAUCCGAUGCAUUGGUUGGGAAUAUGUGUCUUGAAGUUGCAUUCAUGGGGACACCUGCUAUCAGGGUGGAGUUUAUUUCCUUCGGAAAUUGGCGCAUGUAUGGUGUUCACAUGUGGGUAGGAUCACAGAUCGAAGCUGUACCAGUAUCCAACUCUGGAAUUCCAGAUCCAGAGCACUUUCCGCAUUCUUGGAAUGAUGGCAAAGGCCAUGCCUUAGUGACUCAGCAUGUUGCGCUCAGGUGUCACGAUUCUGCAACAUCUAUCUACACAGAGUCUGGAUUAGCAAUAGUGGCGCUCCGGCAAGUUGACUGGGAUGGAACAGUUCUUGAUGGAUCCAAGGUUAUGGCUUCGGCACAAGAGUACUCAGUGGAAGGCAGUGAAGGGUUGGGGCGGUUUGAAUUCAAGGUCGACUGCAACUGCGAUGAGCCCCAACCCACUAUGUUUCCUUCGCCUGAUCCUAGUGCACAUCCAACUGAGACACCAAGCUUUGCUCCUUCUGCAUACCCCACUGUUGCCCCAAGCUCAAUGCCCACCACAUCUACAACACCAGGUCCAAGUGAAAUUCCGAGUUCUCCCCCUACCAUCUACCCAACUAUGGCACCCACCUCUAUCCCCACCUUACUACCCACAGCUUAUCCAUCACCACUUCCCACUAGGAUACCUACACAGGUCCCAACUUCAGCGCCAGAGCACCUUGAAGUGUGCCUUGAAUCAAAGAUCAAUGGUCAAGGAGAUUGCUACGGAAUCACAGCAACUGAUGGUAUGGUUGUGGGAAGCAUGUGCCUCCUAGUGUCAACAAAAACGACGUGGAUAGAGGCAAAAUUCGCUGCGUUUGGUCGGUGGAGGAUCAAGUCACUCCACAUGUGCAUUGGUUCUAGUUGCAAUGGUCCACCAAAUCUUGCAAACGGAAUUCUGGACACAACCCUGUACCCUUUUUUCUGGGAAGAAGAGAAUGGCGUUGUCACUUUACCGCAAACAUUCGGAACACGGUGUUCAAAUGACAUGCUUCAUUCAUACACGGAACAGGGAAUUGCACAGCUUGACUUGCACAAGGUUGAUGAGGCUGGCAAAAGAAUUGAGAACUCAAAUGUAACCGCAUUUGUUCAGGAGUUUUCGGUUGCAACGCCUGGAACAGAGAGCUAUGCGCGGUUCGACUUUAUGGUAAAUUGCAAUUGCAACAAGUCCACCCCAAGCAGUGUCCCUAGUCAGAGACCAACUUUCAAUGAAGCUGUUGUACCAACCACUUCACCUCCUACUGACAGCCCCACCUUUGUGCCCACCACAGCACCAACCUUUGAACCAACAGGAUUUCCAACUGAGUCUCCAACUGAUAGGCCAUCGUUGGGUCCCAGUGUGUCUCCCUCACAUCGACCCACAGGAUCUCCAACCUCGAGCCCAACACUAGCACCAACUGUUCACCCAACUGCUCUUCCCACAAAAGCACCAACAGAGAGCCCCACAACUCUACCCACUGCAUAUCCCACUGCUGCACCAACAGUUGAGCCCACCACAACACCGACCUUUAAACCCACAGCAAUUCCAACAGACACUCGCACUGGAUCACCAACUUUGCUGCCUACAGAGGUUCCUACAGCAUUGCCAACUGCUGGGCCUACGACAGAACCAACAGGAAGCCCCACUCUGGGACCAACCACAGGGCCGAGUGGGUCUCCAACCAAUCUGCCAACAAUGAAUCCAAGCUGGCAUCCAACCCGGAGUCCAACUCUGCAGCCUUCAGUAUCCAACAACUUCAAAAUAUGUAUUGACGGAUUUCAAGGGAGCCACAGAGUGUGUCAUGGCAUAACAACAACUCAUGAUCACAUUCUUGUUGGGUCAAUGUGCCUUGAAGUGGAAAGUUCAUCAAGUGCUGUAAAGGCUACAUUCGAAACUGUGGGCAAUUGGACGAUCGUGAAACAACACAUGUGGGUAGGAAAUGAUGCCAAAAUGGUCCCUACAACUGAUGAGGGUGCACCAGACUUUCAAAACUUUCCAUAUUUCUGGACAGACCAAAAUGGGAAACCCUCAGUGAAGCAAGCAGUGGCAACAAGAUGCCACAGAAGCGUGAAGACCGAAUAUUCAGAUGCAGGGAUAGCUUAUCUACUAUUGAGGCCGGUUGACGAUCAUGGUUCAAUUUCCUCGGAAGAAUCCGUGUCUGCUUACGCACAACAAUAUACAUCAAGAAACAAGGACAACGAACCCUUUGGGUGGUUUGCAUUCACAGUUGAUUGCAACUGCACUGACAGAUCUCCAAUCCCUCCGUCUCAUUCAUCCACAGGAUCUCCAAAAUCUGGUCCAAGUGUGCUACCGAGCUCUUCUCCAACAACUGUGGUGACUGAAUAUCCUACAAUUGCACCAACACACAGCCCUAGUUACAAAUGUGUGCUGGAUGUUGGACUUGGCAGUCAAGCUGUCACAGCUGAUGCACCUGAUAGUGACUUGUCACUGCAGUACGCACCAAACUUCUCGCAUUUCCUGGGUUUGCUAGGGUCUGGAAGCAACAACAUGGGAGUCUCCAUUGACAUCCCACAUAGCACAGGAUCAGGGAAGAUGAAGGCUGACUUGCUGAGCAUUGACUUCAAUCUGUACCAAAUUGAUGAAUGGAAUCCUGAAGACAAGUUUUUCUUGGAGAUUGGUGACAUUGAAAUUGACCUUGGGGAGAUGGAUGCAACUAGUGUCAGUGAACCCCUUGAUGGUUAUGAGGGUGGAAUCACUUGGCACCGUGACACCAUCACACAGUGUGUCAAUUUGAACUUUGGAGACCAAAUGGACAAGAAGCAUGCUGUGGAGCUUACUAUCCCCUCAAGCUUGUUCCCAGAUGACAAGUUGGACAUUGGUUUCCGUGUGGAGACCAGCCUGGACAUUGGUUCAGAGAGCGCAGUCGUUGAUGAACUUUGUGUAACUGCUCACUUUGACUGUGAAACCCCAGGUCCGGUAUCAACCUUGGAACCUUCUAGUCUAAGCCCAACUACACAGGCUCCCAGUGGUAUCCCCACAACUGUUGGCCCCACAACUCUGGUGCCAACAAUGCUGCCAAGAUGUGCACCCACAGCGGCUCCUACAUCCAGUGAAUCUGAAGCACCCUCUACACUCCGUCCAACUUCUAGUCCUUCAGGCAGCCCUUCAGGCAGACCUUCAGUUUCACCAACAAAAUCUCCUUCAUCCUUCCCAACAGUCACCCCAACUUCAAUGCCAACAACAGUCCCAACUGGUAGCCCCACUGUAGUGCCAACUUCAACUCCCGCAACUUCCCCCUCUGCAAGUCCAACAACCCUAGCUCCAACUUUUCUUCGUGCCAACCCAGCACUCAAUGCACCAACUCCCGGUGAGUUUCCAAUCAACAACCCCAGUGGACAACCCACUAUGUCUCCCACAGAUUGGCCCACAGGAUCUCCAACCUCAAGUCCAACUGGUAGCCCAACAGGUACCCCAACUACUCAACCCACAGAAGUGCCCACUGGAUCCCCGUCGACUGGAUUUCCCACUGGUACUCCCACAGUCAGCCCCACAGCAAGUCCAACCACGGUUGGUCCUACGGUGUUGAGCGGACAUCCCAGUGCAGCUCCAACAACAGGACAACCCAGCACCUCUGCUCCUACCAGCAUCCCAACAUUUGUGCCCACCACAGCACCAACCUUUGAACCAACAGGACUUCCCACAGACACUCCCACUGGAUCACCAACUUUGCUGCCUACAGAGGUUCCUACAGCAUUGCCAACUGCUGGACCUACGACUGGACCAACAGAGUCUCCAACUGAUAGGCCAUCAUUGGCUCCCAGUGUGUCUCCCACCGAUUGGCCCACAGGAUCUCCAACCUCAAGUCCAACUGGUAGCCCAACAGGUACCCCAACUACUCAACCCACAGAAGUGCCCACCAGAUCCACAACCGGAAUACCCACGGGCAGCCCAAUUGAGAGGUUGAUAACACUGUUUCCAGAUACCUCAGCUCCUACUGUUGUGCCAUCUAUGUCUCCAACAAUCAAGCUUACUCAAAUGCAAAGUGUUGCCCCUACUGAGUUGCCUACAAUGGUGCGUAUAUCUGAACCAACCAAAUGGCCAAUAUCCAGCUCUACAUUGGGGCCAACUAUGUCUCCAACUGGUGGUCCAACAUUGAACCCUACUGGACAUUGGAAAACCUUGAUGCCAUCAUUGGUCAAUGACCCCAAAAUCUGUAUUGACGAAUUCCAUGGGAGACAAAAAGUGUGUCAUGGUAUAACAACCACAACUGAUGAUCCUAUCCUAGUUGGGUCCAUGUGCCUUGAAGUAUCAAGGUCAUCAAGUUUUGUUGAGGCUACUUUUGAAACCAUGAGCAAUUGGGUGAUUGUGAAACAACACAUGUGGUUAGGAAGUAACUCAGACAAGGCACCUACAACCAAUGAAGGACACCCUGACUUGAGCAGAUAUCCAUAUUUUUGGACCGACCAAAGUGGCAAGCCCUUAAUGAAGCAGUUUCUGGCAACACGAUGUACCAGGAGCAUGAAGACGCAAUAUUCAGAUGAGGGAAUAGCCUACCUUAUAUUGAAGCCAGUCGAAAAUCAAGGUGCAAACUUAGAUCAAACUCGUGUUGCUGCUUAUGUUAACCAGUACACUUCAACAAACAAGAGCAGUGCAAGUUUGGGUUGGUUUCAAUUUACAGUUGAUUGCAACUGCACAACAGAGACACCGAGUGGUGGUCCCUCUCCAAGCCCUGGAGGUCCAUCCUUACCUCCUAGUCCGCCUAGUUCAUCACCUUCUUUAUCUCCCAGUAUCCAGCCAAGCACCUCUCCUAGUGGUUAUCCAUCAGUGUCUCCCUCACAUCCACCCACAGGAUCUCCAACCUCGAGCCCAACACUAGCACCAACUGUUCACCCAACUGCUCACCCCACGACAGCACCAACAGAUAGCCCCACAACUCUACCCACUGCAUAUCCGACUGCUGCACCAACAGUUGAGCCCACCACAACACCGACCUUUAAAACCACAGCAAUUCCAACUGAGACUCCCACAGGAUCACCAACGUUGCUGCCGACAAUGGUUCCUACUGUAUUGCCAACUGAUGGACCUACGACAGGACCAACAGGAAGCCCCACUCUGGGACCAACCACAGAGCCAACUGGGUCUCCAACUGAUAGGCCAUCAUUGGCUCCCAGUGUGUCUCCCUCAGAAUGGCCCACAGGAUCUCCAACCUCAAGUCCAACUGGUAGCCCAACCUCUUAUCCAACUACUCACCCCACAAAAAUGCCCACAGGGACGCCUACAACUACACCCACUGGGUAUCCCACUACUGCUCCGACAGCAAAUCCCUCCACGCAGAGCCCUACUUUCUUUGUUGCUGCUCCACAUACAAAGUCUCCAACGUUGGCAACUCCAACCGGUCACCCUAGGGCACCAAGUGAUCAGCCAUCAAGUUUGAGCCCAACAGGUGUAUGCAUUGAAGCAGUCAAUGGCAGCCAUAAAGCAUGUUAUGGCAUCACGACACAAAAUGAUGAGGCGAAAAUUGUUGGGAAUAUGUGUCUUGAAGUUGAUUACGCUUCGUCAAACAUAAAUGCAGUGUUCAGCUCAGUGGGCAGGUGGAGGAUUGUGUCCCUACACUUGUGGGUUGGAACUGAUAUGCUGGGGGUCCCCACAAUUGAGGAAUUACCUGAUGUGGAAAACUUUCCCUACUUCUGGUCUGAUCCAAUUGGUCAGCCUUCACUGAGUCAGCCAAUUCCCUCAAGAUGCACCAACAGCUUGAAAGCUGACUAUGCAGAAGAUGGAAUAGCACAAUUGGUGUUGAAACAAGUUGACAGCCAUGGCGUGCUUGUCAAUGAGUCUGAAGUAGUCGCCGAAGUGCAGGAGUAUUGUUCAAGGAAUCAGGGUGGGACAGUUUAUGGGUGGUUUGAAUUCAAUGUCAAUUGCAAUUGUACUGAUGCACACCUGCCAUCUGUCACACCAUCAGCAAAGCCCACAAAAGAACCUGCCGGUGCACCAACAGUGGCGCCAACAACAAGUCCAACUGGCAGUCCAUCGCUGGGCCCUAGUGGAAUACCAUCUUCCAUUCCCAGCGCAAAUCCAUCAGCCUUCCAAAGGUCAUUGCCAACCUCCUCGCCCUCUUCUGCAACGCAGGCCCCAUCAUCAAGCAGCCACCCUACUCCUGCUUCGGGUGACGGUGUUUGUAUCACUGGUGAUGUUGGACCAGGGGUACAGGGCAAAUGUUUCCACGUUGUUUCGGAAUCUGGUGUCCAUAUCGGAGAAGCUUGCAUGAAGAUAAUUUCCAAACCAUUUGCUGUAGCAAUUGAUUUCAAAACAUUCCCAGGAUGGGUAUUCCUCGAGCACAAAAUGUGGGUUGGAACCGACAUUACAAGGCUACGUCGAACCAAGAGCGCAAAUCCUGACCUUGACAACUUUCCAUACCUUUGGCGAAACCAGACAGGGUCGUCUGAAUGGAGGGCGUAUGUUAGCAUCAAAUGCAAAUUCCGCCCUGUCCGCUCCUAUUGGGAAGACGGAGUGUCUGAGAUCAUCGCUUCACGUCAGUCCCCCGAUGGCAAGCUCUUUGGCAGACCGAUGAAAGCCACAGUUGAAGAUCAGCUGACGCGCCACCCAAGCAGCAACAAAUGGUUGAAUUAUUUUAGUUGGCACAUUCGAUGCAAAUGUCUUUCAGGACGGACCCACCAGCCUUCUUUCGCUCCAGCGGUUUCAGCGGAGCCAAGCAUAGCGCCGUCGUGUGUGAAGAAAUUUCACAUCGUCGAGGCCAUCUGCCAUGAAAUGAGAACCAACGGCACUGUUACUGUCGGCCAAGUCUGUGUUCAACCGAUUUCCAGCGAGAACACGCUGCAAGUAAAAAUCGUCGCAGGUCCUUAUUGGACCUUUCUGCAGCAUCAGGUAUGGGUGGGUCAUUCCCUGCAGGAGACCCCGAAAGUCGGUGGCGUUCCAGACUUCCAUAGUUUCCCAUAUUAUUGGUGCGACUCGGAUGGACAGAUUGAGUGGAACUUUUCCAUUGACAUGCCCUGCGGCGAGGCGGUUGGAAAAGACUUCAAACUAUACGUUGUUGCCCGGUCGAAAGCCGUUCAAACCUUGAAUGGGGCAAAUCGUCCAAUACCGGAGACCGAUGUCGUCGCGUUUUCGAGAGGGGACAGGAGUGAUGCAUGGUAUCACUUUCCUGUGGAUUGCGAGUGUCCAAGUCAUGUUCCCACCGUACCUCCAAGGAUAACGCAAGCUCCGAGCCCCUUACAAACCAGAGCUUGCACGUCUGAAGUUUAUGUGGACGGCAUCAACACUGUUACAGGGAAAGGGUGCAAGAAACUGACGACGCAGAUUGGUAUCCACGUCGGCGACGUUUGCCUUUAUUCAAGAGACGAUUUUGUCGAAGUCUCGUUCAGAGCUUCGGCAUACUGGACUUUCUUAAGCCAUCACAUGUGGAUUGGAAAAUUUGUUGGUGAUGCUCCGUGGUCAUCGAACGGCCAUCUUGACUUUGGAGCAUUUCCAUACUUCUUUUGUGACUCGGAGGGAUCAGAGACGUGGAGUACAAGGAUCAAGUCACCGUGUCACGAACCCCAAAGAAAGAAACAUAUCAUGUCAUUGGUCAGUCGUUCCGAAGCAUCGCAGGUCUACACAAUAAGUGGAGAAACAAUACCUGGGACUGUCGAGUCGGCGUUUGUUGAUGAUCACACACAAAGUCGAGACAGAGCUCAACCUUGGUUUGACUUUGAGAUUGACUGCUCAUGCCACGCUGACCUACCGAGACCCACGCCUUCAGCACCGCCCAUCAGAAGCAACCAACCGACACCUCCAAAUUACAACGUUGGCAACGUACCAAGUCACGUCCACGACAAAGCGUGCAUCGAAACACCAGAGGAUGCUGGUGGGUACCGGUAUGAUUGCUAUCCACUACUCCUAGAAACAACCCGUCAAGCCGUAGGGAAAGUUUGUGCCUCUGUAACUGAAGCUGCAAUGUCUUCAACGCAAAUUCUUGAACUAGAGUUUGAGGCCAACGAUCACUGGGCGUUUGUCAAGCAUUCGAUGUGGCUUGAUUCAGAUAUCAAGCGUGUACCAAAGACGGAAACUGGACGACCCGAUGAAAGGAAAUUUCCUUUUUUCUGGGAUAACCCAACAGGUUCGAAGACAUGGAAGGCUGCCAGUUCAUUGAAAUGCGCCAAUUAUCCGAGAUCGACUUACGAAGUCACUGCACUAGUCCGUUCGUUCGUAGUUCCUACUUUUGAGAACGGGACUUUGAUGAGAAACGAAUCAGCUCUCACAUCUUACGGUAUAGAGCAUGAAGGUUCGGGUGGCCUGCACCUCGGGUGGCUUGACUUCAUGAUAAACUGCAACUGUCCUGAGAAUCCGCCUUCUCAAAGUCCAACGAGUCCGCCCCUCAAGCCUAUUGACAAUUGCGCUUCAGAGAACGGCGGUGGCAUAGCCUCAUGUCAUCAGUUGCAAGACCAUUUUGGCAGUUCGGUGGCGACAGUUUGUGCCGAACAAGAUCCUCAGUCUGGAGGGACAGACAUUGUGUUCACUGCCAAGGACGCGUGGCGUUUCAUCUCGCAUCAAGUCUGGGUUGGCUUUGAUCUAGCAAGCAUGCCUUUACUGGACAGCGGAAGACCAGAUCACGAUGCAUUCCCUUACAAGUGGCGAAACCCAGUUGGGGAGAGACGAUGGAAUCUGACUGCUGCAGUCUCGUGCCGUGAUGGUGAAGCAAAGAGUUCUCGAAAGGUUUUCAUCUUGUCUAGGUCCACUGCAAGAACCCAUACGAGCUCUGGGUCGAGAGAAGCCACAGUUUGGUCAUCCAACUUUUCCACAGAAGCAUCUGUAGAUCGGUUGAGUUUGUUAUUUUUCGAAGUUGACUGCAGCAUUGGCAACGAUACGACCGAGAAUUCUAUGCCUGUCACAUCUUGCAAUGACCCCACAUUGCAACUAGAAGGCGCGUUUUGUGGCAGCACGGGUAUACAGCUUGCUGGGGAGUGUCUUGAUGAGCCGGCGGGCAUCGUGGAUCUCGCGCUCUCGGAAGCUGAUGCAACAACUGACCAGUCCAUUGAAAUCUACUUUGGGGCAUCUCCUAGGCACUCGUUCCAAUCCACAAAGCUAUGGCUUGGUCGCGAUAUGUCGCAGAUGCCAAGACAACGAGGAGACGGAACUCCGGACCUCGAAUCUUUUCCGUUCUUCGCUUCUGACAAAUCUGGAUACAACAACACUCUUUUUCGGCAGGAGCUCAACCUGCUUUGUGUGAAGGGGACGGAAUCAUUGACAUUUUAUGGUGUCGCCCACGCCGUUGUUCAGGAUGCUACGGAGAACAACGAAGUAAGCAUUGACAUUCCCAUUUCGUCCUAUGGGUACAUGCACGAUGGCCAGAAUAGUUCUGAUUGGUUUGGAUACUUUGACUUUACGGUCCGUUGUCAUUGUCCCAGGCCGAUACGAACCGAUGCCCUGCGACUGUCACCACUCGAACAAGCCAUAGGCACUCCAUCGAAGGAUGAGUUGCUCGUACAAAUGCCAUCGCCGUGA